CAUGCAUGUAUAAAGAUUACGUUAACACAGACCUAUGUACGACUGUGUCUUACUGUCUGCUUGUUGUUAAGUCGACAUUAAACUUAGAAAUGGCGAAAAGAAGAUUGGAUUUAGAAAGAGAUUUUUGUCUGAUCUUAUUUUUAAUAGUCAACACAGUCAGAUCUGAAGUAAACCUCGCACUGUCGAAGACAGCCACACAGAGUAGUACUCAUGGUGACGGUAGAUGGUCGGCAAGACGGGUCGUGGACAGAUGUGAAUCGGCCGAUAUUAAUUCUAAUUGUUGUUCGCACACAACCGAUGUUGGUCCGAAGACGGCUUGGUGGAGUGUCGAUCUUGAAGAAAACAGCACCAUCGACACAAUCAGAAUAGUUUACAGAGAUGGUUUUCAGAGAAGACUGGCCGGAUACCAGCUUUAUGUAUCCAAUACCACCGAUUCACCGACAAACGGCGUCCUCUGUUAUCAGGACACUAGUAGUAGUAGAAGUUCGGUACAGUUAGACCAGACACACCAGUGCCCGUAUGUAGGGCGGUAUGUGACUGUGUACAACUAUAGAAACAACACAAAACGAUACAGCUGGUAUGAUAAUUAUGCAGUGUUGGAGCUUUGUGAGGUUCAAGUGAAUGGCUGUCCUGUGGGGAGAUACGGAAAUGGUAAUUGUAGUCAAGCAUGUCUGGCCAGCUGUUACGGAGGCAACUGUAAUUCUAAAACGGGUUCUUGCAUUUAUUGCUUCCCGGGAAAAUACGGAAACUUAUGUGAAAACACUUGCUCUACGAAUUGUAAAGACAGUUUGUGUAAUAAAGACUCUGGCUAUUGUUUAGAAUGCUUUCCAGGGAAGCUUGGUAAUGUGUGCGAUCAAGACUGUCCUGUAAACUGUAAGGAUAGUUUGUGUGCAAACAACAACGGCUAUUGUAUUGAAUGCAUUCCUGGAAAGUUGGGCAAUACCUGUGAUCAGGACUGUUCAGUUAACUGCCAGGAUAGUUUGUGUGCCCGGGACACUGGUUACUGUUCUGAAUGUGUUGACGGAAAAUUGGGUAAUACCUGCGAUCAGGACUGUCCUUCAAACUGCAAGAACAGUUUGUGUGCCAGGGACACCGGUUACUGUACUGAAUGUGUUGAUGGAAAGUUCGGCAGCAUCUGCGAUCAAAACUGUUCUGUAAACUGUAAUCACAGUUUGUGUGUCAAGGACACGAGUACCUGUUAUGAAUGUGUUCCUGGAACAUUCGGUAAUACUUGCGAUCAUGACUGUCCUGUAAACUGUGAAAAUAGUUUGUGUGCCAGGGACACCGGGUACUGUACUGAAUGUGUUGACGGGAUGUUCGGCAGUGCAUGUGGUCAAAUCUGUUCAGUAAACUGUAAAGAUAGACGGUGUUCUAUCGACACCGGAUACUGUAAUGAAUGUGUUUCUGGAAAGUUUGGCAGUACCUGUGGUCAAGACUGCUCUGUAAACUGUAAAAACGGGACGUGUGCCAGAACCAGCGGAAUCUGUACAGAGUGUGUUUCUGGAAAGUACGGUAAUACAUGUGGCCAAGACUGCUCAGUAAACUGUAAGGGCGGGGCGUGUGACAAGAACAAUGGAUUCUGUACAGAAUGCAUCAUUGGAAAACACGGAGAUGGUUGCGAUCAGGACUGCUUGGAAAGCUGUGGGGACGGAUGUUUUAGGGACAACGCCACUUGCAUAAAUUGUACAGCUGGGAAAUAUGGUGUAACAUGUUCCUUCACAUGUUCUUUGACGUGCAAAGACUUCGUGUGUAAUCAGCAAACCGGCCACUGUUUAGAUUGCUAUCCCGGAAAGUACGGAGUGGUGUGUGGGGCUGAUUGUCCGGACACAUGUACGGAUAACAUCUGUAGUAAGGACGAUGGACACUGUAUAACCACUGCCAAUUAUAACUUGACCAUAAUAGCUAUUUUGGCUGCUGUUUGCGGACUGCUGUUUGUUGCAUUGAUCACCACAGUAUUUUGUUGGCUUCGUGAGAGACAAAAGAGACGGAAUUCGUCAGCACGAUCCGUUCCGGAAAGUGGAUAUACGUCUUUAUCUCCUCGUCAAGCAGAACCUCCCAACGUCUAUGAAAUGAUAGCCACGUAAUAUACAGGACAGGUUCAUCAAAUUCA